AUGUCCAGUAAAAAUACUUCCAAAGGCAAAGAUUCCCUAGGAGAUCAAACCGAACAAAAUGGCUCAGACAAUCAAGAUGAUGAUUUUCGAACAACUGAAUUGAGAGAUGCACUUAAAAAGUUAACUCCAAGAAUGAAGAGACAUUAUAAUAAAUUGAAGUCCACUGAAGCAAAAAUUGCUUACUUAGAAGCGAUUAAGUUAGAGCGUGAACGGGGA